AAAAAAAAAAUGUUGUUCUUUUUGUUCGUUCGCAGAGAUACAAAAACUAUGUCCUCUAGUGAUAUUGUAAAUUCCAACAAAACCAUUAUUUUGUUGAAAAAAACAUGUCCUUAUUGCGACAGGUCGUAUCAGUCGAAUCAAAAAGCCGUGAACCAUAUCGCUGCUAUUCAUCAGAAAAAAGUGGAACGUCUUCUCUCUGGUCACCGUAAUUUUAGUAUGUACAGUCAAGCGAAUGUUCAAAAGUAUGAACGACUUGGCUACUCCAUCGUGGUUCAUUAUGGUUGUGUCUCUUGUAAGGAGACCUUCGUUGUGAAAGAGGAACUGCGAAAGCAUUGUGACUUGAGCCAUGUCAUGGCAUCUCAGCCUGAAAAUGGGAUCAUUACUGCGCCUGACGAUAUAAUCAAGUUAGGCUGGAUUUUUUGUUGCCCAGACAAUGACCAUCUUGUCUUUCAGAACAUCGACAUUACCAAGGGUUUUCACGAAUUUAGCCAUUAUGUGAAAACGAUCAUUGACGAACCGCGUCUCUUGACGUACGAAUCCCAUGUCCAGCACGUCUUGGCAUUGUCAUCAAUCCUCUUGCUAAAGCCAUCCCGCACCAACAGUGAUCUUCACCAGUUCAUAGGACGUGAAAUAUGUGAAGGCCUUAUUGGAUAUUUGCUGGAAGGAUAUGGCAUUCGGUCGUGCGAAUUUGAUCAAUAUACUCGGCUUGAUGCUGAAAAAAUCGUGAAGAAUUGCAUCAGAAAGAAGAUUACAGAGUUCCAAGAUUCUCAAAAAUUGAUGGCUCUCAUGGUUGCCAGCAACGAUGUCCACAACAGGAUACUAUUUUGCUUUCGAAAUCUACUUGAACAAUUACCACUGGAACCAAUCAGUCAGAAGGUUGAUGAAUUGGAGUUGAUUACAAGAUAUACCACUGCGGCUAUCAGUCCAUUGUUGGAAAACCUCAUGAAGCACGUCAUGUUUCGCUGGACUUCUGUUGCCAAUGACGAGUGCAAAUCCAGUGAGAUGUCAUUGUUACUGGCCAGACCUGAUUCUACAAUCAGCAUGGUGAUAGGCACGGAGAUCGGGCAAACAGUAGGAUAUGGAGAAGUGAAACCGGCAUCCCAUGCGCUGAAUCACAAGCUAGUCGGAAAAGACUUAGUGCGAUUGGCGCUCUUAGCAAAAAACGCUAUUGAUACGUAUCGUAGCAAAUUUGUCCUGUCGUUUCUUGUCGUUGGUAAGUUUUUCUGUUUUUAUUUUGAAUGCAAAAAAAGACAUAUUAACACUCUUUCUUUGAUUUUUAUCAUGUUGAAUAAGGACAUCAUGUGACAUUCUAUUUGACUGAUGGUACAAGAAAUGGCUUCUAUCCAAUGGUCGAAAUUGCCCAUAUUCAGUUGCCAAUGUCUUUGAAAGAACUUCCACUUUUCAUCGCACAA